CGGAGCUCAGAGUUGGAGUAAACAAACUAGAGAAUAAGAUUAUGUCACCUUUUUUUAUUUAGAUAAGAUAAAACACCCUCUAAAAUGUCCAGGUCGUCAGUGAGGAACGCGUUUUUUGGUUGCAGAGCGCACCCAGAGCUGAGCAGCUUCUAAAGGAGAGGAGGGCGAGAACAGCAGCACUGAUUGCUCCGAAGUCAAGUUUGAUCUGCGUGGAGUAAAAAUUACUCCUCCCGCUGCUCCCAGUGGACUCAUGAUGGCUCUAGUGGUUCACCUGAAGACGGUGGCUCACCUGCGGGGGAAAGGAGACCGGGUCGCCAAAGUUACAUUCAGAGGUCUGCCCUUCUUCAGUCGCGUGGCCGAGAACUGUGAGGAGGUGGUUCACUUUAACGAGACUGAUCGGGACUUUCUGUAUGGUGCUUCAGAAGGUGGCUGAGGAGGGACAUUUAGAGCUGACCGACACACUCGUUGAUGACAACAACACAUCGAUCAAGACCAGCGUCACGAUAGAGAUCAGAUACCAGCCGAUGGAUGGGACGGUGGGAGUGUGGAGUGACGGAGAGUUCCUGGAUGUUCCUGAUGACCGUGACGGGAUGUUUGCCUUUGAAACGGACAGUUUGCUUUCAGGACAGAGCCACGGGUCARGGACGUCCCCUGGACGGUCCCUACAGGGAUCUAUACCAACCUUCAGGAAAACAGGGAAGGGAGUCUUCUCAGCCAUGAAGCUCGGCAAAAUCAAGAGCUCUAAAGACGACCACAAGAGAGGAGACGAGCCGGCCGUCCUGGAAAUGGAAGAUCUGGACAAGAAGGCCAUGCGCCUCGCGGGGAUGCUGGAACCAGACACCAUAUCUCUAGCCUCUGUGACAGCUGUCACCACCAACGUUUCCAACAAAAGGUCAAAGCCAGAUAUCAAGAUGGAGCCGAGCUCUGGGAGGCCAGUUGACUAUCAGAUCAGCAUCACGGUGAUCGAGGCUCGCCAGCUGAUAGGUCUGAACAUGGACCCCGUGGUGUGUGUGGAAGUGGGAGACGACAAGAAGCACACAUCUAUGAAAGAGUCCACCAACUGCCCGUACUACAAUGAGUACUUUGUCUUUGAUUUCCACGUCCCUCCUGAUGUCAUGUUUGACAAGAUUAUCAAGAUUUCGGUUAUUCAUUCUAAAAACCUGUUACGAAGUGGAACAUUAGUUGGAACCUUUAAGAUGGAUGUGGGGACUGUUUACUCUCAGCCUGAACACCAGUUCUACCACAAGUGGGCCAUCCUGUCGGAUCCAGACGACAUCACUGCGGGAUGCAAAGGUUACGUUAAGUGUGACAUCGCGGUGGUCAGCAAGGGUGACAACAUCAAGACCCCACACAAAGCCAAUGAAACAGAUGAGGAUGACAUAGAGGGAAAUCUGUUGCUCCCAGAAGGCAUCCCUGCCGAGAGGCAGUGGGCGAGAAUUUAUGUAAAAGUUUACCGUGCAGAGGGUCUUCCCAAAAUGAACACCAGCAUCAUGGCAAACGUGAAGAAAGCGUUCAGUGGAGAGAACAGAGACCUGGUGGACCCCUACGUUCAAGUGCAGUUUGCUGGUCAAAAGGGAAAGACUUCGGUCCAGAAGAGCAGUUAUGAACCAAUCUGGAAUGAGCAGGUCAUCUUCACAGAGCUGUUCCCUCCUCUCUGCAAAAGAAUCAAGGUCCAAAUACGAGACUCGGAUAAGGUCACUGACAUCGCCAUAGGAACCCACUUCAUCGAUCUGCGCAAGAUAUCAAAUGAUGGCGAUAAAGGCUUCCUGCCCACGCUGGGCCCAGCCUGGGUCAACAUGUAUGGCUCCACCCGUCAGUACACACUGAUGGACGAGCACCAGGACCUGAACGACGGGCUGGGAGAAGGCGUGUCMUUUAGAGCGCGCCUCCUGCUUUCUGUAGCUGUAGAGAUCCUGGACACGGCGGCACCCGAAGUCAUCAGCUCAACUGAGGUUCAGAUGGAGUCCGUCUCCAACAUCUCAGAGAGUGCCACAGGGAAAAUGGAAGAGUUCUUCCUGUUUGGGUCUUUCCUGGAGGCCACCAUGAUUGACAGGAAGAUCGGUGACAAACCAAUCWGUUUUGAAAUUACAAUAGGUAAUUAUGGCAACCAGAUAGAUGGCGUGAGCAAAUCAUCCACGGCAAAGAAGAAAAAGAAAGACGGGGAGAACGAAGAGGAGGAGAACGAGCUGAUCCAGAACUCCAGUGAGGAUGAGGCGGACGARGCCGGCAACCUGGCCUCGGUCUCAUCAACUCCUCCAUUAAAGCCCUUCAUCACUGACAGAAACUACUUCCACCUGCCCUACUUUGAAAAGAAGCCGUGUGUCUACAUUAAGAGCUGGUGGCAGGACCAGAGACGACGACUUUAUAACUCAAACAUGAUGGAUAAGAUUGCAGACAAGCUGGAAGAGGGACUGAAUGAUGUUCAAGAGAUUAUUAAGACGGAGAAGGCCUUUCCAGAGCGCAGACUCAGGGGAGUGCUGGAGGAGCUGAGUGUCGGCUGCAGUCGGUUUGUGACGCUCGCAAACAAAGAUGUGAACCAAGCAGGCAGAACCAAACUCGAUCGAGAACGACUCAAAUCCUGCAUGAGAGAGAUGGACAGCAUGGGACAACAGGCCAGGCAGAUCCGCACGCAGGUAAAGAAGAACACAGUCAGAGACAAACUCAAGCUGGCGCAGCACUUCCUGCAGAGACUUCGUUUCCUCRCUGAUGAGCCUCAGCACAGCAUCCCAGAUGUUUUCAUCUGGAUGAUGAGCAACCAUAAGCGCAUCGCCUACGCCCGGAUUCCUUCCAAAGAUAUCCUGUUUUCUAUAGUGGAUGAAGAAAUGGGCAAAGACUGUGGAAAAGUCAAAGCUGUCUUUCUCAAGUUGCCUGGUAAAAAGGGCUUUGGUCCUGCAGGCUGGACGGUUCAGGCUAAACUGGAGUUAUAUCUGUGGCUGGGCCUCAACAAGCAACGGAAGGAUUUCCUCAGCGGUCUCCCRAAUGGUUUUGAGGAGAUUACAGCAGCUAAAACUGGCCCCGGUCUUCACUCUGUGCCUCCAGUCAGCCUCGUCUACAACAUGAAGCAGGUGUUUCAGCUGAGAGCUCACAUGUACCAGGCCCGCAGUCUGUUUGCUGCCGACAGCAGCGGUCUCUCAGACCCCUUCGCUCGGGUCUUCUUUUCCACACACAGCCAGCUUACUGAGGUUCUGAGUGAGACUCUUUGCCCCACAUGGGACCAGCUGCUGGUGUUUGAUGAUGUGGAGCUGUUCGGAGAAGCCAGUGAGCUGAGAGACGACCCUCCAAUCAUCGUGGUCGAAAUCUAUGACCAAGACACUGUGGGUAAGGCAGAGUACAUAGGUCGGACGUUUGCAAAGCCCACCAUCAAGAUGUGCGAUGAGCAUUACGGGCCUCCCAGGUUCCCCCCGCAGCUGGAGUACUACCAGAUCUACCGAGGGAACUGCACCGCUGGUGAGCUGCUGGCUGCCUUUGAGCUUCUGCAGAAACCAUUCAAUGCAGAGGAGAUCAGGCGAGCUCUAAUCGCCGUCCAUAACUUUGCUAUUCCUCAAAUAAAGGUUGGUCAGGGAGGCCGAGCYGACCUUCCGCCCCUCGAAGGACCAACAGACUCCGAGCGUGGACCCAUCCUCCCUGUGCCGCUGGGUAUACGGCCUGUUCUGAGUCGCUACCGCAUUGAGGUUUUAUUCUGGGGAUUAAGGGACCUCAAGAGGAUAAACCUAGCUCAAGUUGAUCGACCCAGAGUGGACAUUGAGUGUGCGGGUCGAGGAGUUCAGUCUGCUCUCAUUCAAAACUACAAGAAGAAUCCCAAUUUUAGCACUCUGGUCAAAUGGUUUGAAGUGGACCUUCCAGAAAACGAGCUUCUUCACCCUCCCCUGAACAUCCGGGUGGUGGACUGUAGAGCGUUUGGCCGCUACAUCCUGGUGGGAUCCCAUGCAGUGACCAGCCUGAGGCGUUUCAUCUACAGUCCUCCAGACAAGUCGAACAACAACUGGGCCAACGCAGCUAAGUUAAUGAACGGCUACAUGGUUCUAACUAACGGCGGCUCCCUUCCUCGCWCCUUACCCAGCCUUUCUUCCCGCACCUUCUCUCGCCCCGCAGGUGACGUAAUCGUCAGCUUGGAAGAAGAGGCCCCGAUGCGUAAGAUGGACACGGUCGUCAAGUUAGACGCUAUGUCUGAUGCUGUUGUAAAAGUUGACAUGAUUGAAGAAGAGAGCGACAAAGAGAAAAAGAAGAAGAAAAAGAAGAAGAAGGGAGGAGCGGAGGAAGAGGAGGAGUUGGACGAGAGAGUGCUGGAUUGGUGGUCCAAAUAUUUCGCCUCAAUUGAGACGCUGAAGGAGACCCUCAGAGCUCAGGAGGCAGCUCAGGCAGAAGCAGAGGAAAGAGAGGACUUUGAGAUUGCAGCUGAAGCAGCUGAUAACAGAUCUGAUGACCUUCUUCUGAGAGGCUCUAAAAUGAAGGAAAAAAGUAAAGAGAAGAAAAGCUCCAAGGACAAGAAGAAGAGUCAGGCUGCAGACGGCACAGAGAAACGGCCAGUCAGAGCAAAAAUAGAUGAGCUAAUGGUGUUCAAUAAGGAGCUAGAGAAUGAGUAYGGCAACUUCGAGGACUGGCUUCAUACUUUCAACUUGUACAGAGGAAAGGCUGGAGAUGACGACGAACACGCGCUGGAUGAUGACAGGAUUGUGGGCAGAUUCAAGGGUUCCUUGUGUAUGUACAAGCUACCUCUAUCUCAGGAGAUCACWAGAGAGGCAGGGUUUGAUCCUAAUAUGGGAAUGUUUCAGAGCAUUCCWCACAACGAUCCCAUCAACGUCCUUGUUCGAGUUUAUGUGGUCAGGGCAACAGACCUCCAUCCUGCUGAUAUCAAUGGGAAGGCUGAUCCAUACGUUGUUAUUAAGCUGGGCAAGUCAGAGGUCAAAGACAAGGAGAACUACAUCUCCAAGCAGCUCAAUCCUGUAUUUGGCAAAUCAUUUGACAUUGAGGCCACGUUCCCCAUGGAGUCCAUGUUAACGGUGUCUGUGUACGACUGGGAUUUGGUCGGCACAGACGACCUGAUCGGAGAGACGAAGAUCGACUUGGAGAAUCGGUUUUACAGCAUAUUCAGGGCCACAUGCGGCRUUUCAUCCAACUACUCCGUACAUGGGUACAAUGUUUGGAGGGACCCCAUGAAACCCAGUCAGAUCUUGGCAAAGCUCUGCAAAGAUGGAAAGAUUGAUGGACCUCAUUAUGGGCCCGGAGGAAAAGUCAAGGUGGCAAAUCGAAUCUUUACUGGACCAACCGAGAUAGAGGAUGAAAAUGGGCUGAAGAAGCAGACUGAGGAGCAUUUAGCCUUGAUUGUGCUGAACCACUGGGAGGAGAUCCCAAGAGUCGGCUGCAAGCUCGUUCCCGAACACGUAGAGACCAGACCGCUGCUGAACCCUGACAAACCCGGAAUAGAACAGGGUCGCAUUGAGAUGUGGGUCGAUAUGUUUCCCAUGGACAUGCCUGCACCUGGACCUGCAAUUGACAUCUCCCCACGAAAACCAAAGAGAUAUGAGCUCAGGGUGAUUAUUUGGAAUACAGACGAAGUAAUUCUGGAAGACGAUGAUUACUUCACUGGAGAAAAGUCCAGUGACAUAUUUGUCAGGGGCUUUGAGCUCCGUGUUAUUAUUUGGAACACUGAUGACGUAAUUCUAGAGGACGAUGCUUUCAUGACAGGGGAGAAGAUGUCUGACAUCUAUGUCAGGGGGUGGCUUAAAGGUCAGCAGGAGGACAAACAGGACACAGAUGUGCAUUAUCACUCCCUGACUGGUGAGGGCAACUUUAACUGGCGCUUUGUCUUCCCUUUCGAUUACCUCGUGGCCGAGGAGAAGAUCGUCAUUUCCAAAAAAGAGUCCAUGUUCUCCUGGGACGAGACUGAAUACAAGAUCCCUCCUCGCCUCACGCUGCAGGUCUGGGAUGCGGACCACUUCUCUGCCGACGACUUCCUGGGUGCGAUAGAGCUCGACCUGAACAGGUUCCCUCGUGGCGCCAAGACCGCCAAGCAGUGUUCCCUUGACAUGAUCCGAAAUGAGCAGGAGCUUCCCACCAUUUCCAUCUUCAAACAGAAACGGGUCAAAGGAUGGUGGCCCUUUGUGGCCCGCGAUGAGAACGAUGAGAUGGAGCUCACGGGUAAGGUUGAGGCUGAGCUCCACCUGGUGACGGGAGAGGAAGCAGAGAAAAGUCCUGUGGGRCUGGGACGAAACGAGCCGGACCCACUGGAGAAACCAAACCGGCCCAACACCAGCAUGUCGUGGCUGCUGAGCCCGGCGAGGACGAUGUGCAUCCUGGCCUGGAGGCAGUACAGGCUGCGCUGUGCGGUGCUGCUGGCGGCCGCGAUGGGCCUGCUCUUCCUCGCUCUGCUCUUCUUCUCUCUGCCCUCAGAGCUCAACCACAAGCUGUUUAACACUGCAGGCUAGAUCCACCCGGCUGGAUCRCCUUUACGUCUCAUUGCUGUAUAUAAUUUGCACAGUAUGCUUUUUUUUUUUCUUACAGCUGAAUUGUACAACCGUUUUAUUAAGAAUUAAAAUACAUUUUAAAAAGCUG